AUGAAGUGGGUCGUCGAAUCGUCUCCGGCGGCUGUCACCCGGCGGAGCGGAAAAACGGCGACUUUGCGGCUCUCCGGCGGCUGUCACCCGACGGAGAGGAGCUGGAUGGAGGUGAGGCACGUGUUAGGGAGCUUCAUCCUCAGGUCCGCGCAGCAAGAGGAGGCUCUUCAUCGUAUCUGGUACGCUCUCAGGAGGUGGCGACUGGUCUCCCGGCGGAUCGUCCUCUUCCCGAUGACGGCUUGUUCGUCGAUCAAUCGGAGAUGAUUUACUCGAUGGAUUGCGAUCCUUUUAUCGCGAAUCGUUCAGAAAUUUUAGUAGCAAUGCUCCGCGAAUCGCGUUGACGAGAUUUUCGCCGAUGAUCCAGCGAUUCCGGUUGCUUAAUCCUUCACCGGCGAUCUGCAGGAAAGUCGCGAUAAUCAGUUAAAAAUAUAUGAAUUUUGACUCUGGGAGGAUUCGAACCCGCGGCGGUCGCCCGCCCCUGAAGAAGGUGGAUUUAGUCCCACAUCGGUUGUGCGCGGAUUAUUUGGGCGAUUAUAUAGUAAAGUUAGCUUUGUAGGCAAAGUCCUCUCGCGUGUACGACCACUCCUUGCCCCACAACCGGCUGACCACCGGUGACGUGGAAGGGGAGUGGCGCACACGUGUCCCUAUCGAUCCAAGCAAGCCACUCCAGCCCUUGCUCGCGGUUACUCCCCGACUGCGCUUCCGACCCGCUUGCGGGCCCGGCUGGCCGGCGGAUCCCCCCAUUUUGCAAUAUUUUUAUUUUUAUUUCUUGUUCUUCGUUUUAUCUCAAAACUAAGAUUGUAAAAAUCGUAUAAAAUCACAUAAUUACCCAAAAAUUCACGUUAAUCAACUGAAAACCACUUUUCAUGCUUUAACACAAAUAUAAGUCUAUUUAUCAUGAGUUAAGGCUAAAACUAUAUUAUUUACUAAUUAUUAACUCAUGAUAAUGAAGACUUAUCAGCUGGCAACCAGCACGGGUUCAAAUCCUCUUAGAGCCAAAGCUCAUAUUUUUUAUCUGAUUAUCAUGACUUUCUUGUAGAUCGUCGAUGAAGGACUAAGUAACCAAAAUCACUAGAUCAUCAACAGAAAUCUUGUCAACUAAAAUUUCUAAAUGAUUCGCAAUAAAAGGAUUACAAAUCCAUCGAGUAAAGUAUCUCUGAUUGAUCGAUGAACAAGUCAUCGUCAGAAAGAGGAGGAUCUACUAAGAGACGAGUCGCCACCUCUUGAAAAUGUAUCGAAUGCAAUAAAGAGCCUCUUCUUGUUGUGUGGACCUGAGGAUGAAGCUCCCUGACACACACCCCACCUCCAUCCAACUCCUCUCCAUUAGGUGACAGCUAUCAGAGAGCUGCAAAGUCAUCAUUUUUCCGCUUUGUCAAGUGACAGCUGUUGGAGACGAUUCAACGACUCAUUUCAUUGAUAUCUAGACUUCACAAGGAGAUCUAGAGAUUUCUCACAUUGUCUUUGUCUAAAGAGAACCUUCAAGGCCAUAGAUACUACACGACAAUCCUCUCGAAUGCUUAGGAUUUCGGUGCAUCGCCGACGCAUCACCGCCGCAACACUGGAACUCUAUUUUCUUGCUUUCAACUUAAUUUUCUUUUCAUUUAGUGAUAAUUUGUUGAUUUUAAAUUUACCAAGAUAUAUUUUAUUUCAUUACGAUUCUUCUGGCUUUUAUAGAUCUUAAUUUGAUCAAUUAAAUCUUCUAUAAUCACUUAUGUAAGAAUCGUCAAGUGGAACUCUAUUUUCACUCGAUUUAUAUUUGUCGGGUGCUGACAUUAUCUUGACGUCUGUACCCUUAUUUCCUUUUUCUGUGAAUUUUAAAUAUAUUUUCUUUUUAUUUCUUAGUAUAAAAUUGAUAGAAAAUAAUAUUCUUUGCAAAAAAUUCUGAAUAAUUACUAGAUAUUAUAUUGAAAUAAAUUGAAUAAUUUGGAAUAAUCCUUGUGAUCACUUGGAAAAUUAUCACUAUUUUUGGAAGUUUUAUUGAAUUAUAAUUGAUAUAUUUAUUUAGAAAUACUUCUAAAUAUCUGAAAAAUUAUAUUUUCUAAUUUUAUAAAUUUUAGAUUUGCAUGAUUUAAUAUAAAAUGACUAAGUCACGUCACUUGUGUUAUGUGAAUAAUGAGUAUUUUUUUGUUGUCGAAUGUGAAAUCACCAAAAGUAAAGGCUGAUUAAUGAGCAUUCAACUAUUAAAACAAAUUGGAGAUAUUCAUGACUGAGCUCAUGUCAUGUGUGUAAAUUUUUGAGUACACAUUUGUCCGUAUUAAUAUGUUGACCUUAUUUUUUUCUUUCUUUAGUUUCAUUUUAUUCUCUCUCUCCCUCUCUCAUGAGACCUCUCUUCUCUUUCCGUCUCUUGUGAAAUCUCUCCCUUUCUCCCCCUAUCUCUCAUUCAAUCUCCUUCUCUUUCUCUCUGUCUCUCUUGAGACUUUUCUCUCUCUUCAUCUCAUGUGAGAUUUCUCUUCUCCUCUCUUUUUCUCUCCCUUUCACGAGAGAUCCCAUCCCUUCUUAUCUCUUGUGAGAGCUCUCUCUUCUCUCUCUCUUUUCUUCCUUUCUUUUUCUUCACUUCACUUCCUUUAUUCUUCUCACCUCACCAUUUUAUUUUAUUAUUUAUAUUAAAUAUUAAUAACAUAUUAAUUACUUUAUAUAUGAACUAAAUUAGUUUUCACAAUAGAUUAAUUAAUAUCUUAGUAUUUGACUUGAGAAUUAUUUCUAUACUAAUAUUUUAUUAAGUCUUAGUUAUAAAUAUUAUUAGAUAGUGUGCAUUUAAACACAAUGACAAGCGCACUUUAUUCGAUAUGGCCUAAUAAGUCUUCAUUAUCAUGAGUUAAUAAUUAGUAAAUAAUAUAGUUUUAGCCUUAAGUCAUGAUAAAUAGACUUAUAUUUGUGUUAAAGUGUGAAAAGUGGUUUUCAAUUGAUUAAUGUGAAUUUUGGAUAAUUAUGUGAUUUUAUACAAAUUUAUAUGAUUUUUAUAAUCUUACUUUUGAGACAAAUGUAUAAAGAGAAAUAAAAUAAAAAUAAAGUAAAACCGAGGGGCGACCCACCAACCAGCCGAGCUCACAAGCGGGUCAGAAACGCAGUCAAGGAGGGGUCACGAGUAAGGGCUCAAGUGGCUAGGACCAAUAAGCGCAUGUGUGUACCACUCCCCUUUCACAUCACUAGUGGCUAGCUAAUUGUGGGGCAAAGAGUGGUCGUACACAUGUGAGAAAGGGACUUGAUUGUAAAUAUAAUAUUACUACAUAUCCGCUUGAAACUUCAAUGUACAAGCAAUGUGGAACUAAACCCGUGUCACACCUUUCUCAGAAAAGGUUUGAUAUUUUAAAUACCUAAAAUACCUCUUAUUUGUAAUAGAGAUAUACCAUAAUGACGCCAUUUGAUAAUGACAUUAGAGUACUUGUGUCAAUCUCUCUCAUGUAGAUAAGUAAUUAAUAUGGGUUUGAAUCCUCUUAGAAUCAAAACUCAUAUUUUUUAUCUAAUUAUCACAACUUUCCUACAAAUCAUUGGUGAAAGAUUAAGUCGUGAUGUGACUUAUUCGUUGUAUAGUAAAUCAUGCAAAUUUAAAAUUUAUAAAACUAGAAAAUAUAAAUUUUUGGAUAUUUAAAAAUAUUUUUGAACAAAUAUAUCAAGUAUAAUUCAAUAAAACUUUCAAAAAUAGUGAUAAUUUUCUAAGUUGAUCAUAAGGACGUAAUAUAAUAUCAAGUAAUUAUUCAAAAUUUUCCUCAAAGAAUACUAUUUUUUAUGAAUUUUAUACUAGAAAAUAAAAAUGAAAGAUUAUUAAAAUUCACGAAAAAGGGAAAUAAGGGUGCAGAUGUCAAGAUGACAUUAGUGCCUAACGAACGUGAAUCAAGCAAAAAUAGAGUUCUGUCUAGUAAUUCUUAUGUAAGCGAUUACAAACGAUUUAAUUGAUCGAAUUAAGAUCUAUAAAAGUCAAAAGAAUUGUAAUUGAACAAAGUAUAUCUUGAUAGAUUUGAAUCACACAAAUUAUUACUAAAUGAAGUGGAAAUUAAGUUGAAAGUAGGAAAAUAGAGUUUGGUAUUGUGGUGGCGAUGCCUCGGGGAUGCACUAGAAUUCAGAGUGUUUAGGAUGAUCAUUGUGCAUUGUCCAUGGCCUUGAAGGCUCUCCUUAGACAAGGACGACGUGGGAAAUCUCUAGAUCUCUUUGUGAGGUCUAGAGAUCAAUGAAAUAGGUCAUUGAAUCGUCUUCGGCAGCUGUCACCUAGCGGAGUGGAAAAAUGGCAACUUUGCGACUCUCUAAUGGCUAUCACCCAAUGAAGAGGAGCUGGAUGGAGGUGGGGCAUGUGUUAAGGAGCUUUAUCCUCAGGUCCGCAUAGUAAGAGGAGGCUUUUCAUCACAUCUUGUACACUCUCAGGAGGUAGCGACUUGUCUCUCGACGAAUCAUCCUCUUCUUGACGAUGACUUAUUUGUUGAUCAAUCAAAGAUGCUUUACUCGAUUGAUUUGUGAUCUUUUUAUCGCAAAUCAUUUAAAAUUUUUAGUAACAAUGCUUUGCGAAUCGCAUUGAUGAGAUUUUUGCUGAUGAUAUAUGAUAAGUCUUCAUUAUCAUGAUUUAAUAAAUAGUAAAUAAUAUAAUUUUAGCUUUAACUCAUGAUAAAUAGACUUAUAUUUGUGUUAAAUGUGAAAAAUGGUUUUCAGUUGAUUAAUAUGAAUUUUUGACUAAUUAUGUGAUUUUAUAUGAUUUUUACAAUCUUACUUUUGAGAUAAAUGAAGGAAAAGAAAUUAAAAUAAAAAUAUAGCAAAAUGAGGGGGGGCCAUCGCAAGUAGGGACUCAAGUGGCUUGAACUGAUGGGGGCACGUGUGCACCACUCCCCUUCCACGUCACUAGUGGAAAGGCAAGGAGUGUGGGGCAAGGAGUGGUCGUACACGUACGAGAAAGGGACUUGAUUGGAAAUAUAAUAUUACUUUAUAUUCACUAGAAACUUCGGCAGACAACUAGUGUGGGACUAAACCUAUGUCACCUUCCCCAAAAGGGCGGGCAACUAACAUGGGUUUGAAUCAUCCUAGAGCCAAAACUCAUAUUUUUUUAUCUAAUUAUCGUGAAUUUUUUACAGAUCGCCGGUGAAGGAUUAAGUAACUAGAAUUGCUAGAUUAUUAACGAAAAUCUCAUCAACACGAUUCACGGAACAUUAUUACUAAAAUUACUAAACAAGCUGUCAUUGGGAAGAUGACGAUCUGUUGGGAGACGAGUUGUCACCUCUUGAGAGCAUACCAGAUGCGAUGAAGAGCCUCCUCUUGUUGCACAGACUUGAGGAUGAAGCUCCCUAACAUGCGCCCCACCUCCAUCUAGUUCCUCUCCAUUAGGUGACAGCCGCAAAGUCGCCAUUUUUCCGCUCUACCGAGUAACAGCCACCGGAGUCGAUUCGACGACUCAUUUCAUUGAUCUCUAGACUUUGCAAGGAGAUCUAGAGAUUGCCCACGUCGUCUUUGUCCAAGGGGAGCCUUCAAGGUCGUGAAUAGUGCACAAUGAUCCUCCUAAAUGCUUAGGAUUCUGAUGCAUCACCAAUGCAUUGCUGCCGUGACACCAAAACUUUGUUUACCUACUUUCAACUUACUUUUUGCUUUAUUUAGUUAUAAUUUAUGUGAUUUUAAUUUACCACAAUAUACUUCAUUCAAUUACGAUUCUUCUAGCUUUUACAGAUCCUAAUUUGAUCAAUUAAAUUGUCUAUAAUUGCUUAUGUAAGAAUCAUUGGGUGGAACUCUAUUUUCGCCUGAUUCGCGUUCACCGGGCGUUGACGUCAUUCUAACGUCUGCACCCUUAUUUCCUUUUUUGUGAAUUUUAAAUAUAUUUCCUUUUCAUUUCUUAGUAUAAAAUUUAUAGAAAAUAGUAUUCUUUGAGGAAAAUUUUAAAUAAUUACUAGAUAUUAUAUUUCAUCCUUGUGAUUGACCUUGAAAAUUAUCAUUAUUUUUGAAAGUUUUAUUGAGUUAUAGUUGAUAUAUUUGUUCAAAAAUACUUCUAAAUAUUCAAAUAUUUGUAUUUUCUAGUUUUAUAACUUUUAAAUUUGUGUGAUUUAAUAUACAAUGACUGAGUCACGUCAAUAUAGCAAUUUUAGUUGCUUAAUCCUUUACUGGAGAUCUACAAGAAAGUCAUGAUAAUUAGAUAAAAAAUAUAAGUUUUGGCUCUAGGAGGAUUCAAACCCAUAUUGAUUGCCUGCCCUUUCUAGGGAAGGUGUGACACGGGUUUAGUCCCACAUCAAUUGUGCGCCGAAGUUUCUGGUGACUAUAUAGUAAUAUUACAUUUCUAAUGAAGUAUUUUUUCAAGUGUGUACGAUCACUCCUUGCCCCACAACCAGCUAGCCACCAGUGACGUGGAAGGAGAGUGGCGCACACAUGCCCCCAUCGGUCCUAGCCGCUUGAGCCCCUACUUACAGCUCCUCCCUGACUAUCCUUCCGACCCACUUGUGGGCAUAGCUGGCCGAUAGGUCCCCCCUAUUUUGCUAUAUUUUUAUUUUAAUUUUUUUUUCUUCAUUUAUCUUAAAAGUAAGACUAUAAAAAUCAUCUAAAUUUGAAUAAAAUUACAUAAUUAUCUAAAUACUCACGUUAAUCAACUAAAAACCACUUUUCACACAUUAAUAAAAAUUUAUCUAUUUAUCAUGAGUUAAAGCUAAAACUAUAUUAUUUACUAAUUAUUAACUCAUGAUAGUGAAGACUUAUCAGGCCACUAGAAUCGCUAGAUCAUUGAUGAAAAUCUUGUCAACGUGAUUCAUAGAACAUUGUUACUAACAUUGUUGAAUGAUUCACGAUAAAAGGAUUGUGAAUCUAUUGAGUAAAGCAUCUCUGAUUGAUCGAUGAACAAGUCAUCAUCAGGAAUAGGACAAUCCUCUAGGAGACGAGUCACCACCUCUUGAGAGCAUACCAAAUGCAAUGAAGAGCCUCCUCUUACUAUGCAAACCUAAGGAUGAAGUUCUUUAACAUGCGCCCCGCCUCUAUUCAGCUCUUAUCUGUUGGCUGACAAUUGCCAAAGAGCCACAAAAUUACUAUUUUUUCACUUUGCCAGGUGACAACUAUUGAAGAUGAUUCGAUGACCUAUUUCAUUGAUCUCUAGACUUUGCAAGAAGAUCAAUAGACUGCCUACGUCAUCCUUGUCCAAGGAGAGAUUUUGAGGCCACAGACACAACACGACGAUCCUCUCGAACACUUAGAAUUUUGGUGCAUCGCUAACACAUCGCUGUUGCGAUGUUAGAACUUUAUUUUCCUACUUUCAACUUAAUUUUUAUUUCAUUUAGUGAUAAUUUGGGUGAUUUAAAUUUAUCAAGAUGUACUUCAUUUAAUUAUGAUUCUUCUGACUUUUACAGUUCUUAAUUUGAUCAAUUAAAUCAUUUGUAAUUGUUUAUGUAAGAAUUGCCAAGGGAAACUCUGUUUGCACCUAAUUUGUGUUCGCUGGAUGCUGACAUCAUCUUGAUGUCCACCCCCUUAUUUCCCUUUUUUGUGAGUUUUAAAUAUAUUUUAUUUUUAUUUCUUAGUAUAAAAUUCAUAGAAAAUAGUAUUCUUUGAGGAAAAUUCUGACUAAUUACAUGAUAUUAUAUUAUAUCCCUAUGAAUUAUAAUUAAUAUAUUUUUUCAAAAAUACUUCUAAAUAUUCAAAAAUUCAUAUUUUCUAAUUUUAUAAAUUUCAAAUUUGUGUGAUUUAUUAUACAAUGACUAAGUCAUGUCAUGGUUCAUUUGUAAUCAAUUAGUUAGGUAUUUGUAGGUUUGAAAUAGGGUGAUUUAUAGUUUUGAUUCUACAUUACGAGUCUUUUAUAUGUUUGUUCACCUCUCUAUCAUUGUCUACAUCAUUGAUUUUUUAUUUUCCCUCAUUUUCAAUGGCAAAAAUUCUUCUUAUUUGCUGCCACCUCUCUUUUGUGCUCAUUUGAUUUAAAUAAUAACUAAGCAAUACCUAAGUCUCAUUUCUUGUGAAUUGACCUUGAGCUGACCAUAUUACUUAUCAAUUUUAAUAGUUUUAUUUGGUAAUUUAUAAUUAUAAAUAUUUUUUCAUGAACUGAUUUUGAGGCUAUUGGUGACCUUCGAUUUCGUUUUAUUAUAAAUCAUCUUCAAUUGAUUGACAAAUAAGACAUUAUUAGGAAGAAGAAGAUCCAAUGAAAGAUGAGUCACCAUUUCUUGAGAGUGUACUAAAUGUGAUGAAGAGCCUUUUUGAUGAGUCUUUAUUAUCAUGAGUUAUUAAUUAGUAAAUAAUAUAUUUUUAGCCUUAACUCAUAAUAAAUAGAUAUAUAUUUAUAUUAAAUUAUAAAAAGUAGUUUUGAAUUGAUUAAUUUAAUUUUUUAGUUAAUUAUGUGAUUUUUUAUGAAUUUAUAUAAUUUUUAUAGUCAUAUUUUUGAGAUAAAUGAAGAAAAAUAAAUUAAAAUAAAAAUAUAGCAAAAGUGGGGGACCUGCUAGCUAGCCAAGCCCACAAGAGGGUUAGAAGCGCAGUCAAGGGGAGAUGUGAGGGGCACGUGUGUGCCACUCUCCUUCCACGUUACUAGUGGCCAGCUGGCUAUAGGGCAAGGAGUGGUCAUACACGCGAGAGAAAGGGACUCAUUAUUUAGAAAUGUGAUAAUACUAUAUAUUUGCCCAAAACUUUGACGCACAAGUGACGUGACUCAGUCGUUGUAUAUUAAAUCACGCAAAUAUAAAAUUUAUAAAACUAGAAAAUACGAAUUUUCGGAUAUUUAGAAGUAUUUCUAAAUAAAUAUAUCAAUUAUAAUUCAAUAAAAAAUUCCAAAAAUAGCGGUAAUUUUCAAGGUCGAUCACAAAGAUGUAAUAUAAUAUCUGGUAAUUAUUCAGAAUUUUUCUCAAUGAAUACAAUUUUCUUACGAAUUUUAUACUAGGAAAUAAAAAAGAAAUAUAUUUAAAAUUCACGAAAAAAAGGACAUAAGGGUGCGGACGUCAGGAUGACGUCAGCGCUCGACGAACGCGAAUCAGGCGGAAAGAGAGUUCCGCCCAGUGAUUCUUACGUAGGCGAUUACAGACGACUCAAUUAAUCAAAUUAAGAUCUGUAAAAGCCGGAAGAAUUGUAAUUCAACAAAGUAUAGUUUGGUAAAUUAAAAUCAACAAAGUAUCACUAAAUGAAGCGUAAAUUAAAUUGAAAGCAGGAAAACAGAGUUCCGACGUCGCGACGGCGAUGCGUCGGCAAUGCACCGGAAUCCUGAGCGUUUGGGAGGAUCGUCGUGCAGUGUUGAUAAGUCUUCAUUAUCAUGAGUUAAUAAUUAGUAAAUAAUAUAGUUUUAGCCUUAACUCAUGAUAAAUAGACUUAUAUUUGUGUUAAAGCAUGAAAAGUGGUUUUCAGUUGAUUAACGUGAAUUUUUGGGUAAUUAUGUGAUUUUAUACGAUUUUUACAGUCUUAGUUUUGAGAUAAAUGAAGAACAAGAAAUAAAAAUAAAAAUAUUGCAAAAUGGAGGGACCCGCCGGCCAGCCGGGCCCGCAAGCGGGUCGGAAGCACAGUCGGGGAGUAGCCGCGAGCAGGGGCUCGAGCGGCUUGCUUGGAUCGAUAGGGGCACGUGUGCGCCACUCCCCUUCCACGUCACCGGUGGUCGGUCGGCUGUGGGGCAAGGAGUGGUCGUACACGCGGAGGACUUUGCCUAAAGAGCUAACUUUACUAUAUAUUCGCCCGAAUAAUCCGCGCACAACCGAUGUGGGACUAAAUCCACCUUGAGGCGACCGCCGCGGGUUCGAAUCCUCCCAGAGUCAAAAUUCAUAUAUUUUUAACUUAUUAUCGUGACUUUCCUGCAGAUCGCCGGUGAAAGAUUAAGCAACCGGAAUUGCUGGAUCAUCGGCGAAAAUCUCGUCAACGCGAUUUGCGGAGCAUUGCUACUAAAAUUUCUGAACGAUUCGCGAUAAAAGGAUCGCAAUCCAUCGAGUAAAUCAUCUCCGAUUGAUUGACGAACAAGCCGUCGUCAGGAAGAGGACGAUCCGCCGGGAGACCAGUCGCCACCUCCUGAGAGCGUGCCAGAUGCGAUGAAGAGCCUCCUCUUGAGAGCGAACCUGAGGAUGAAGCUCCCUAACACGCGCCUCACCUCCAUCCAGCCCCUCUCCGUCGGGUGACAGCCGCCGGAAGAGCCGCAAAGUCACCGUUUUUCCGCUCCGCCGGGUGACAGCCGCCGGAGACGAUUCGACGACCCACUUCAUUGGUCUCUAGACUUCGCGAGAAGAUCUAGAGAUUGCCCACGUCGUCUUUGUCCAAGGAGAGCCUUCGAGGCCGUGGACACUGCAUGACGAUCCUCUCGAACGCCCAGGAUUCCGGUGCAUCGCCGACGCGUCGCCGUCGCAACGCCGGAACUCUGUUUUCCUGCUUUAUCUAGAGAUUGCCCACGUCGUCUUUGUCCAAGGAGAGCCUUCGAGGCCGUGGACACUGCACGACGAUCCUCCCGAAUGCUCAGGAUUCCGGUGCAUCGCCGACGCAUCGUCGUCGCGACGCCGGAACUCUAUUUUCCUGCUUUCAAUUUAAUUUACGCUUCAUUUAGUGAUACUUUGUUGAUUUUUAUUUACCAAACUAUACUUCGUUCAACUACGAUUCUUCCGGCUUUUACAGAUCUUAAUUUGAUUAAUUGAGUCAUCUGUAAUCGCCUACGUAACAAUCGCCGGGCGGAACUCUGUUUCCGCCUGAUUCGCGUUCGCCGGGCGCUGACGUCAUCCUGACGUCCGCACCCUUAUUUCCUCUUUUUUUUUGUGAAUUUUAAAUAUAUUUCCUUUUUAUUUCCUAGUAUAAAAUUCAUAAGAAAAUCGUACUCAUUGAGAAAAAUUCUGAAUAAUUACCAGAUAUUAUAUUACAUCCCUGUGAUCGACCUGGAAAAUUACCACUAUUUUUGAGAUUUUUAUUGAAUUAUAAUUGAUAUAUUUAUUUUGAAAUACUUCUAAAUAUCCGAAAAUUUGUAUUUUCUAGUUUUAUAAAUUUUAUAUUUGCGUGAUUUAAUAUAUAACGGCUGAGUCACGUCAGUAAGUGAUUAUAGAUGAUUUAAUUGAUCAAAUUAAGAUAUGUAAAAGCUGAAAGAAUCAUAAUAAAAUAAAGUAUAUUUUGGUAAAUUAAAAUCACAAAAACUAUCACUAAAUGAAGCGUAAAGUAAGUUUAAAGUAGGAAAAUAAAGUUCUAAUGUCGCGACGGUGAUGCGUCGGUGAUGCACAAAAAUCCUAAGUGUUCGGGAGGAUCGUCGUGUAGUGUCCACGGCCUCAUAGACUCUCCUUGGACAAAGACGACGUGGGCAAUCUCUAGAUCUUCUUGCGAAGUUUAGAGAUUAAUGAAAUGGGUCGUCAAGUCAUCUCUGGCGGUUGUCACCUAGCGAAGCAGAAAAAUGGUGACUUUGCAGCUCUUUGGCGGCUUUCACCCGAUGGAGAGGAGCUAGAUGGAGGUAGGGCGCGUGUCAGGGAGCUUCAUCCUCAAGUCUACGCAGCAAGAGGAGGCUCUUCAUCGCAUCUGGUACACUCUCAGGAGGUGGCGACUCGUCUCUUAGAGGAUCGUCCUCUUCCCGCCGAUGGCUUGUUCGUCGAUCAAUCGGAGAUGAUUUACUCGAUGGAUUCGCGAACCUUUUAUCACAAAUCAUUCAGCAAUUCUAGUAGCAAUGCUCCGUGAAUCACGUUGACAAGAUUUUUACCGAUGAUCCAACAAUUCUCGUUGCUUAAUCCUUCAUCGGCGAUCUAUAGGAAAGUCAUGAUAAUCAGAUAAAAAUAUAUGAAUUUUGACUCUGAGAGGAUUUGAACCCAUGCCAGUCGCCUGCUUCUAAGGAAGGUGUGAUGUGGGUUUAGUCCUACAUUGGUUGUGCACCGAUUUUUUAGGCGAAUAUAUAAUAAUGUUAGCUUUGUAAGCAAAGUCACUGCUCUCACAUAUACAACCAUUCCUUGUGCCACAACCGGUUGGCCACCAAUGACAUGGAAGGGGAGUGGUGCACACGUGCCCCUAUUGGUCCAAGCCAAGCUGCUCGAGCCCUUGCUCGCAACUGCCCCCCGACUGAGCUUCCGACCCGCUUGCGAGCCCAGUUUGCUAGUGGGUCCCCCUAUUUUACAAUAUUUUUAUUUUUAUUUCUUGUUUUUUCAUUUAUCUCAAAAGUAAGACUGUAAAAAUUGUAUAAAAUCACAUAAUUACCCAAAAAUUCACAUUAAUCAACUGAAAACCACUUUUCACACUUUAACACAAAUAUAAGCCUAUUUAUCAUGAGUUAAGGCUAAAACUAUAUUAUUUAAUAAUUGUUAACUCAUGAUAAUGAAGACUUAUCAAAAAUCAAUUGAUUUGAGAGAUGUAGAAGAUGAAAUUAAUAAAUCUAAUCAUAAGUUUGUAGCCAUGGAUGUGGAUAGUGAGGAUGAUGAUGUAUAUCAUAUACAAAAAUUAAAAGAUAGCUCUUGGGAAGAUGAAGAAUUUGAUGAGUUGAGAAAAAAAAAGCUAGAAAAAGAGUUGAUUCAACUAAUGGGGAGAAAUGAAAAUAAUGAAUAUGAAUAUAGAAAUAAUUUUGGAGGAGAAAAUUUAAAUUUUAUUGAAUUCAUUAGAUCUGAGAUUAAAGAAGAUAAUCCUUCCAUCCUUCAAAACCCACAGCCCAUUAGAAUUACUUCUAAGCUUGAAAUAUUUCACUCCUCGCAAAUUGAACAAAUAUGUAUGAAAUAUAAAAUGGAGUAGGGAAAGAUUAUGCAGAUAAAAGAAGACAUUAUGAAAUGGGUGAAUGAAAGAAUUAGGGAUAUCAAUUUAAAUGAAAAAGUUCUAGCUUAGGUAAGAGAUAAUUUGAAAAUUAUAUGACUUGAUCACAUUUUAUGGUCUAUUAAUAAAAAGUAUUUAUUAAUGAAUGAGAGCCUUAAAAAAUAAGAUAGAAAUGAGGAAAGAUUAUUUUCAAAAUAAAAAUAUUUUUGGGGAGAAUUUUGUUAAUUUCUAUUUUGUUUUGGCUGAAAGUAUGUCAAGGUAUAUAUAUGAAGUAUAUGAAUUUAUGCUAAAUCUGAAAAAGAAUAUCAUGAAACUUACCUUGGGAUACAAAUAUAUUUUGAUGGCCAUAGAUCAUCUUAUAUGAUCUAAGAGAUGUCCAGCUGAAGACAUUAAAUUCAGCGCUACAUGGGAGGUAACUCAUGAUUUUUAUUUCAUUCUGUUUGAUUUUUUUAAACUUUGUUUUUCUUAGAAUUUCAUAGUACUUAUUUUGUAUUUGUUUUUCUUCAAAAAAGUGCAGGAAGAAGAGUGUAAGAUGAAGUAGAAAAUUAAAAACGAGGUUGAGGUGAUGACUUUCAGAACUUUAUCAUUUAUGACAAUAUUUUUAAUGCUUAACUUUACAUAUAUGCAUGCUUCACUUGAAAAUUAUAUUUUCUGCAUAUUCUGUUUCGAUUUUUCUAUGUCAUUGAGGACAUUAUCGUUUUUAAGUUGGGGGGUGAAGUAUUAAUUAUUAAUUUAUACUUUUGAAAUGAUUAAGAACAUGUGUUUGUAUUUUAUUUUUAUUUUUUCAUGCUCACUUUGAACAACAACUAAAAAAAUAAUAAAAAUCAAAUAAAAUUCUAAAAAACUACAACAUCUAUUUUCUGGUUUUCUGUCAUGAACAAUAUACUAUAAAAAAUAGCAGACAAAAAACAGCUCGAAAUUUGAAAUUUUAGAGACCCUUUUCUCACAUUCUAAUUUUCUAAACAUAUAUUAAUGAAAUUCGAAAUUACAAUUAUAAAAAAUAUAGUUUUGAUUUAUUUUUUUGAUAAAUUUAUUAUUGCUAAAAAUAGAACUGAAAAUAGAAAACAAAAUUGUCAGAACUAUCUAAUUUACAAAGUUUUUUCAUCAUAUUAUAUUCAUGAAAAAUUAACUCAAUUAGAUUGAUUGAUACCAAAAGAUACUAGGAAUAUUAUUAUUGAGUCAAAAGAAUGAUCUAGUAGCAUGAAAUGUUGGAAUGCCCCUUGGAUACAUGAUAGAUAACAUGAAUUUGAUUUUACAAAUUUUCACUUCAUGAUCUUGAUGGAUAGUGACAUGACUUAGUCAUUGUAUAUUAAACCAUGCAAAUAUAAAAUUUAUAAAACUAGAAAACACGAACUUUCAGAUAUUUAGAAGUAUUUCUAAAUAAAUAUAUCAAUUAUAAUUCAAUAAAACUUUCAUAAAAAGUAAUAAUUUUCUAGGUCGAUCAUAAAUAUCAUAUAGAUUUUUAUGAGUAAUAAUUUCGUUAUUCAUAUAGAAAUAAUAAUUCAAUAGAAGUAUUUAGAAUUUUUCUCAAUGAAUACGAUUUUCUAUGAGUUUCAUACUAAGAAAUAAAAACGAAAUAUAUUUAAAAUUCACAUAAAAGGGAAAUAAGGGUGCAGACGUCGAGAUGAUGUCAGCGCCUGGUGGACACGAAUUAGGUGGAAAUAAAGUUCCGCUCGGUGAUUCUUGCAUAAGUGACUACAAAUGAUUUAAUUAAUCAAAUUAAGAUUUGUAAAAGCCAAAAGAAUUGUAAUUGAAAAAAAUAUAUUUUGGUAACUUAAAAAAACAAAAAUUAUCACUAAAUGAAGUGUAAAGUAAAUUGAAAGUAGGAAAAUAGAGUUCCGGCAUCGUGACGACGAUGCACUGGAAUCUUGAGCAUUUGAGAGGGUCGUUGUGUAGUGUCCAUGGCCUCGAAGGCUCUCCUUGGACAAAAAUGAUGUGGGCAAUCUUUAGAUCUUCUCGUGAAGUCUAGAGAUCAAUGAAGUGGGUCGUCGAAUCGUCUCCAGCAGCUGUCACCUGGCGGAGCAGAAAAACGACGACUUUGCAGCUCUCCGGUGGCUGUCACCCGAUAGAGAAGAGUUGGAUGGAGGUGGGCCGUGUGUCAGGGAACUUCAUCCUCAAGUUCUCACAGCAAGAGGAGGCUCUUCAUCACAUCUGGUAUGCUCUUCAGAGGUGGCGACUCGUCUCUCAGCCGAUCGUCCUCUUCUCGACGACAACUUGUUCGUUGAUCAAUCAGAGAUGAUUUACUUGAUGGAUUGCGAUCUUUUUAUCGCGAAUCGUUCAGCAAUUUUAGUAACAAUACUCCGUGAAUCACAUUGACGAGAUUUUCACUGAUGAUCUAGUAAUUCUCAUUGCUUAAUCUUUCACCGACGAUCCGUAGGAAAGUCACGAUAAUAAGAUAAAAAUAUAUGAAUUUUGACUCUAGGAGGAUUCGAACCUUUGCUGGUCGCUUGCCUCUGAGGAAGGUGUGAUGCGGGUUUAGUCCCACAUCAGUUGUGCGCCGAUUUUUCAAGCGAAUAUAUAGUAAUGUUAGCUUUAUGAGCAAAGUCACUACUCUCGCAUGUAUGACCACUCUUUGCCCCACAAUCGGCUGGCCACAGGUGACGUGGAAGGGGAGUGGUGCACACGUGCCCUUAUCGGUCCAAGCUAAGUUGCUCGAGCCCCUACUUGUGGCUACUCCCUGA